AUGACUCAGAUUCAAGACCUUGGCACAGCUUGUACCGUCACUGCUGACUGUGAUACGACGACCAACCCAGCUGCUGUUUGCUCAACGUCAGGGACAAAGAUAUGUACAUGCGCUACAGGCUAUACGAAACAAGGGACAGCAUGCAAAGCAGACCUUGGGACAGCUUGUACCGCCACUGCUGACUGUGAUACGACGGCCAUCCAACAUGCUGUGUGCGAUGUACUCGCCACAACCAAAGUCUGUAAAAUAAAGAGUACUGGUGACUGUACUGUUAACACAGACAAGUGCGUCAGCGGUGCGGCCUGCACGGCCAACGCUUGCGCGUGUUCCGCCAAGUACAAAGAGGACACUAAUAAACUCUGUGCAACAGUCCUGGGCUCGACCUGUACCGCCACUGCAGACUGCACCACAACUGUUGCUAAUUCGGACUGUACAGGGACAGGGACAAAGACGUGCACCUGUAACUUUGGUUUCACCAAGCAGGGGGCUGACUGCAGUGACAUUUGGAAAGCUUGUAACACCACUGCUGACUGUGAUACGACGACCACGCCAACUGCUGUGUGCGAUGUACUGGCCACAGCCAAAGACUGUAAAAUAAAGAGUACUGGUAGCUGUGCUGGUAAUACAGACAAGUGCGUCAGCGGUGCGGCCUGCACGAACGACGUUUGCGUGUGUUCCACCAAGUACAAAGAGAACACUGAUAAACUCUGUGCAACAGUCCUGGGCUCGACCUGUACCGCCACUGCAGACUGCACCGCAACUGUUGCUAAUUCGGACUGCACUGGCACUGGCUCGAAGACGUGCACCUGUAACACUGGUUUCACCAAGCAGGGGGCUGACUGCAGUGGAGCUACCGGUGUUGCAGCGUGCCUGGCGAUGAUUCUGGCCUGCAUCUUUACGACCAUUGUUUAAGAACAUUGCUUCCAUAUAAAUUCCGGAAGAUCAUGUACUCUAUGUUGCAUGUAGACUACGCAUAUACCAAAAAACAGAGAUAUACACAAUCGAGAUUUAGGAUAUUGAUGUGUAUUUUGUGUUUUAUUUUAUUGAUAUUUUCUUGACAUUGGUAAUUAAAAACUAAAAUAUCCAAUUUAAAGUAGUAUUUCAUUAUAUAGUAUUCACAUACGGUUUUCGAAAACAACUUUAUACUUUUUAGUUUGGAUGGUAUUCAGUUAAAACAAAUAUUCAAGCAUAAGGGUUAGGAUCAGGUCAAUGUAAUCGCGCUAUGUAACGUUUAAAACAAAUGAAAGAUCUCAUUUACGUAAAAUGUGCUAAAAAGAAGAUAAUAGUAUUUUAUAUUAUUUAUACAAGAGUGUUUUAUAUAUUAGUUAUACGGUUUGUUUGUUUUUUCUUUAAUUGCUUACCGCAGUUGAGGAUUGUUAGUCCACCAGGCGAUGUAUUGUCUGUGCUGUCGAUUAUGAUCCUUCUGCGUUUUAACUAAUUGCCGUCCAUCGUUGCACACACAUUAAACAGAGGACCACAAUAAUCUGAUCAGAUAAACUAAGUCGUGUGAUGCCAUAUGAAGCAAAUAUAUUAUUUACGUAAGGCAGUAUUAUUCAGAAAAUAUAGCGAUCUGUUUUGUUUCUAAAACGCAAGGCCAUUUUAAAUGUGGAAAACAUAUUGGGUAAAUUGUGACAGAUCAUAAGAACUCAAGACAUCCCUUUAUACCAAUUUAUUGUUUAUGUUAUCGAUGUGGACUAUAAUUAAAGAUGCAUCACAUACGACUUUGAUGAAGAGAAGAUUUAUGUGUCCUUGAAAUUUAUUCCAGAAAAAAACACAUUUUUGAUUGCAAAGUUUUAUAGACAUGUAUUGAAAUAUCUUUAAUGGUAAACCAUUGGCUGAUACUGUUUAAUGUGUGAUAAUAAAUGGGCGCUUAAAAUUAUAUUAUAACUUGUGUUUACUUCUUUUGUGUUAUCUGCGUGCAUAAAUAUAAAAACUC